AUGGCUUACUACUAUGUCGACGAUGUUGAGGGAUUUCAAGCCGUGACGCACAUGCUACGGGUAUGUUCGGAGUACUUUUCUGUACCCACAGUCGUCGACGGAGAAGAACUGAAAGAAAAGCUGAAAAUGUUGAACGAACUAUACGUAAUAUGGACUGAAGAUAAAUUAGAUGAUAGUUCGUAUCCGUCGGGAGUGUACAAAUUAGUUUGCGAAAUGUUUUCCAAAAAUGUAUUUCGACGUUCACCUUUAUUUUCGUAUAUACUUGAAGACGAAAUCAACGCUGAAUUGAUGUGGGAAUUCAAGCAGCUAAGUCCAGUGUACAAGGUAUUCACAGCAUUUGUGAACCUAAAGGGAUUCGACGGAGAGAAGUUAGCGCCGUACGUAGACGAAACAUUUAUCAGUGCUUUAACACGAAGGUUGCAGGACAGUUGUGUAGAAGCCGAAAGGGAGGGCCUGAAACAAAUUUUAUCCGAUCUUUUCGAAAAGGCUUUAUACUUAAGAGAAUACGUACUUCUUGGUAUUAUAAAUUCACUUAUAAACUAUGGGCCUAUGUCAAUCAACGGCGGUGUAAAUGAACUGUUAGAGGUGUUUCAAAUUUUAAUGUGCCACAAAAUGGUCGGAUCGCCAACGAUUUUUAAGGUGCUGUCGCCGCUGGUGAAGCGGAACGGGCUUUGUCACUAUGCGGUUCGGCUGCAGAAGUGCUUCGAGGCGGCCGCGCGCUACGUGGACGCCCGGUUGCCCGCGCGGUUUGUGGACGACGCGAUCGGCAAUUGGCAGGCGUCCGCGGCUGACGUACCGUCGCUGUGCCGGACACUGGCCGCGCUGUACUUCGACAUGUGCGGCCCGGAAUCGCGGCCACUCGUCCGUGGCCGGCUGGUCGGUCACGUGGCCGAUAAGCUACGGCAGCUGGCCGCGGACGCGUCGGCCGCCGUAUGCCUGGCGUACGCUGAGAUUUGCGGCCGGCUGUUAGACGACGAGGUGGCCGGCCGCGAACACGUGGCAGAUAUGGAACGUGUGGCCGAAGGGCUGAUCGCGGUCCACACGAAGCACCGGGACUAUGGUUGCGUCGAGCGCGUCGAUCGGUUGCUCAGGCGACUGAUCGACGGCGGGGCUGAUGGGCGUCGUUCGAUGGUCGGCGACGCCUGUCGGCUGUCCGUCGUGGAAGCGCUGGCCGGCGACCGGUUGCGCACGAUGGAUGAACGCCUGAUCGAUAAAGAGUUUUGA